GGCCGGUGAGAAUUAGGAUUUCUAAACAAGAAAUCAAGAAAAGCACACCAAAAGAAUCACUCACUACAUACAAAUUAAGUUUUUCAACGAGGAAAAGAAACUUGAGAUUCUGAUAUCUCACUUGUCCUUCCACCAUUUGGGUCCAUUGUACCUCAUCUGGAAUUCCUUGGAUUUCUCUUAUAUUGGAAAUGCUCAUGAUGCACCAAAGCCAUCCUUGCAAGAGAUAAACUCCUUUUAAGUACUGAGCUUUCUGUUCGUGUUAGGUGUCAAGUCGGUGGACAGAAAUGCUGCAGCAUAGACAUGAGGCAAGUCUUAGGCAUGCUAUUGCAUAGAUAUGAGGCCUGUACUUCUAACAAAGAGUUUAAAGUGCUCGGACUUGACAUUCAAAGGUAUUGGGAGAGGUUCCCAUGUGGAAUAUAACCAUCUAAAUAAUAAGUUUUAUUCUAGGUAGCGAAUUUCUGUCAUGCACAGAAGUAGAAAACGAAGAGCUUUGCAGAUUCUAAUUUGCUGUCAAUGUAGAGGAUGUAAUACUUGGUGAACUAUUGCGUAUUCUCGGUUGGUCAAUUCUAAGAGAAACUCAGACAUUUGGGGUUAUGUACCAUGGUGGUAUGGUGAUUGUAGUGUCAACGUCUGGGUAUUAGUAGUGCCAAAAGAAGACUAAUUUGACCAGCGUGCAUCUGUGAUGGUUCGGUUGUGUUUGCAAAAGUACACAUUUCAAAGGCUGAUCUGCUUUCCGAAGUUUUCUUCGGACAAAAGUUGUUGCACAAGAAAGGAUGUGAGAGUCAUCAGUCAUAACAAGUUUAGCUAAGUUACAGCUCCUAUAUGCAUCUUCAAAAAUUGAUUGAUCAUAAUUUUAGAAUAAUAUCACCGCAAGUGUCACAGAACCAGAAAGAUAACUCGAUAGGAAAAAGGCCUUGCUUAAACAACUGUCAAUUCACCAGGAAUUGGGAAACCAUAUAACAAAGUUAUGCAAUGCUAUUAGGGAAUUUUGGUAUGUACUUAAAAAAACAUUAACAUGGUUGUUUAUUAUAUAACUAUGUUUCUUAGGCAACUGAAACUAAUCAUAAUCAGCGAAAAGAUUGGCCUCCAUGGGAUAGUGUGGUGAAUCUCAACUAUUUGCUUGUUCCUUGGGGAUGACAUAUAACUGAAAUUAAUAUAUAAAACAGAUAUAAUGAAAUCACUGUCUGUUAAUUUAAGUUACCUCAUUUUACCAAUAGACUAUUGACCAACCUAGCCAUACAGCUGAAGCAUAUUUCUCUCCAUUCACAAGCUUCCAAGAAAGCAUGCAGUAUGGUAAGAGAUUGGAAAAUUCAUCAAUCAAUCAUACUAAAAUAAUUAAUCAGUGUGCACACAAGGACAUAAUAGGGGUUUAACAAAAACAAUUAUUGUGACGUGAAUUAAAAUAGUUCUUUACCUGUUCAUAUCAGAACAUUUUAGAGGGCAAGGACAUUGCAGGCUGGAUUUUGGGGCACGGAGAUAAUAUAGAAAUCACAGUCUAUCUCUAUAUAAACAGUAGAGCAAUCUCCCAUUUCAGUGCACCAACUCCUUAAUUCAUUUACUCAAUCAACAAUCCUAAGCCUACAAUGGAGUUCACCAACCAACUCUGCAACUGUUUCUGUUUGGCCUUGAUCCUCAUGCUGGGGGUUUGGUCUUCUGAGGCCACUUCUCGCAAUCUCCAAGAUGCAUCAAUGUAUGAGAGGUACGAGCAAUGGAUGGCUCAUUAUGGACGUGUUUAUAAUGACAUGACCGAAAAGGAGGACCGCUUCAAAAUAUUCAAGGACAAUGUGGCAUUUAUAGAAUCUUCCAAUAAUGCUGGAAACAAACUUUACAAAUUGAGUGUGAAUCAAUUUGCAGACCUUACAAAUGAAGAAUUCACUACCGCAAGAAAUCGGUUCAAGGGGCAUGAGUGUUCCACAAAGACCACUACUUUCAAGUACGAAAAUGCUAGCGUGCCAGCUACAAUGGACUGGAGGCAGAAAGGAGCUGUAACUCCCAUCAAGGACCAAGGCCAAUGUGGAUGUUGUUGGGCGUUCUCAGCCGUGGCAGCCAUGGAAGGAAUUACUCAACUUACAACUGGUAAAUUGAUUUCUUUGUCUGAGCAAGAGUUGGUUGACUGUGAUGUCAAUGGUGAAGAUCAAGGCUGUGAGGGUGGCUUGAUGGACGAUGCCUUUCAGUUCAUCAAUCAAAAUCAUGGACUCAGUACCGAAACUAAUUAUCCAUACACCGGUGUUGAUGGUACAUGCAAUGCCAAGAAGGAAGCAGACCAUGCAGCCUCAAUCACUGGCCACGAAGAUGUGCCUGCAAAUAGUGAAAGUGCACUCCUUAAAGCCGUCGCUAAUCAACCUAUUUCUGUUGCCAUUGAUGCUAGUGGAUCCGAUUUCCAGUUCUACUCAAGUGGUGUUUUCACAGGAACCUGUGGAACUAGCCUAGACCAUGGUGUUACCGCUGUUGGUUAUGGUGCUAGCAAUGAUGGGACUAAGUACUGGCUGGUGAAGAACUCAUGGGGUGAGCAAUGGGGUGAAGAAGGUUACAUAAGGAUGCAAAGAGAUGUUGCUGCACCAGAAGGUCUCUGUGGCAUUGCUAUGGAAGCUUCCUAUCCCACUGCAUAAUCUACCAUUAAACUGAAACGAAGCCUACUAUCCUUGUAGGUAUAUAUUAUGAUAUGUGUACAUGAACUUAUGUGUGUAACACUAAGAAAUUAGAUCAGUAAGAAAACUACUAUUAUAGAAAGAAAACCGCUGUAUAGUUUUACUAUGCAACUCAUGUAUGAAACCAUUGUAUCAAUAGAAAACAUAUUUUUAUCAUGUAGGUACUGGAU